UGGAUAAGUAAUAAACCGAUUUCAUUUGAGAUGUAAAUUACAGGAAAAACCCUCGCAAGAUUAAAAGAUAAAAAGAAUUUCCCAAUUUGCGAAACCUAAUCAAGAAAACUCUAGCAAUAGCUGUAAAACAACGCCAGAUAUGGAGUCACGCAAGCGCAUCGACCCUCCACACUGUGUCAACGGUUGCGACUUCAAUCGAUUGAUAAAGAAUUGCAAUCUUUGUUCAAAGUCUUUUAGAGAAAAGGAAGACAUAGAGAUCGCAAAUGAAGCCAUAGCAUCAUCAUCCAUGGAAUCGUUGAAGCAAGAAUUAAAGCCUCGGUUCUUUUCAUCUGGUGAUAGUACUAAUGCUAACGCUAUAUUCGGUGCUAAUUCUUUGUUUGGUGCUUGUUCAAGAACUAGUAAAAAGUCAUGUUUUUCUACAGAUUAUAAUAAUGCUGCUUCUGGUUCAAUUUUUAAAUUCACAACUUUGCCUGAGAUUAGUGUUCGUAAUUUCACUUUUGGUACUUCAACCGUUACAAAUAAAAGGUGCAAUCGCUGCAACAAGCGGGUUGGCUUGUUAGGGUUUGGGUGCAAAUGUGGGCAUCUGUUUUGUGGAAAACACCGAUAUCCAGAAGAACACAAGUGCAGGUUUGAUCAUAAGGCGUUUGGACAUGAGGUUUUACGCCUGCAAAAUCCAGGUUUGCAAAGUGAUAAAUUGCAUACUAGAAUUUAAUAGGGUUGGCGAUAUCUUUUAUUAGAUUUUUCUACAAAUUGAUGCGAUAUAAAUACUUCUCGGUCCCAUCUCCAAAACCACGGUUUUCUGCAACUGCAAUCACCGAUGGAGUUCGGUCUAAUUGCUUUUGUAGGGCCUAACACAUAGAAGAAAAAAAAAAAGCAUCGAAUUUAUGCAAAAUUGAAAUUUACAUGCAAUCAGAGUAGAAUUUUAUUUAAAUCUCGGUCUUGAAAAAAGAAUUUCAUGUAAAAUUGGCACUAUCAAUAGGUAGACAAAUAGAAAUUAGGUUUUCUUAUUGAUUACUUACACUUCCUUGUUGGGUUUGACCCAGCAUUUUUAUACUCUUUGAUUUUGAAUCAAUCAAGGUUUUGAAAAAUCCCACCAAAAAAAAAAAGCAAGAAGAGAGAUUUUCAUUCAUCACUGUGCUUUUGAGUACUGUGUUUCUUUAUACAAAAUUCUUUUCUUUAAAGGAAAAAAAAUUGAACGGUUAACCUAUAAAAAUAGGAUGUCAGUAACUUUCAGUGACAAAAUCAGAGAAAUGCUAAGCAUGCAUCAAUACAGUGUUUUCAUUCAAUUGUUUGUUUGUUUUUUUUUAUUUUUCUCCUUUUAUUGUAGCUAUUGUCUGUCUUUUAUGGGCUAGAGUCUUGGUGUUUCUGGUUUUUUAAAUGGUUACAAUAUGGAUGCGCUGGGGGUUGUCCAUUGAGGAUUGUAAUUAUCGUCGUAACUGUCUUCUAUUCAAUGAAUUUGCUAUUUUCUAAUAAGAUUUUUUGUUGUAAUUUACACUGCAAAUGUAUGAGUGGAAAUCAUACUUUUUUUAAUAAUUUACAACUCUCAUUUGAUCAA